AUGUUCGAGUUUUGCUCAAACCUAGAUUCGGUGCAAACCGUCCUCGUCAACGCGAGGGACUUCCUCGCCCGUCUCAAGUCCGCCCUGUCGCUGUCGAUGCACGUUGCAGAGCUUGCACCUCCCCCCACCGAUCGUCUUGGUAACAGUAUUAGCAGUGACCUUGCCGGAGAACGACCUCCUCAGGGCGGAAACUGCCACGCCUUCCUCUGGGCUCUUUGUGUCGGCAGCUGGGCGGAGAAGAGACACAAUCCCCACUCCUCAUUGGACAACGGCGAUUGUGAUGCCGGCGCUAGCUUUAGCGGUAACGUCAACGGUGGCGUCAACCGCCAUCAUGACGACAGCUGGUGGUUCAAAAAGAAUCUCCCGCUGCAAGCAAGGAAGAUGGGCGUAAAGGACUGUCUGGAUGUGGAAAGCAUUCUGCAUGGAUUUUACCAUGUCGAUAAAUACAUGCCGGGGCUUGAUGGGUGGGUUACUGAACUCCUACGGGCGUGCUGGUGA